AGAUGUCGCCAAUCAUUUUGAUUUUCUUUUUGGUUUUCAUUCCGUUUUCUCAACAACACACAUCUUUAGAGGAGUCCUUAAAUGAUCGAAUAAUCAGUGAAGAAGUAGUCGAAAUGCUAUCAGAGAAAGAAAUUAGACCCAGCAGAGUAAGAAGAGUCCCUGAACAAAAAAAUAAAUUGUGCGGAAAGCAAGUCUUAUCCUACGUUAUGGCACUUUGUGAAAAAGCAUGCGAUUCAAAUACAAAAGUCGAUAUUGCGACAAAAUGUUGCCGCGAUGCAUGCUCAGACGAAUUCAUUCGACAUCAAUGUUGUCCUUAAUCUAAUCGUUUACAUAUUCCCUAAUAUUUUAAAUAAAACAGUUACACAUU